AUGUCACAUUUGAAAUACAUGUUGCUGGUUUCCAGACAAGGAAAAGUAAGAUUAAUGAAAUGGUAUGCACCUUUAAGUUCCAAGGCUAAAAACAAAAUAAUGAGUGAUUUGACCUCGUUGGUGUUGUCUCGUAAACCAAAAAUGUGUAAUAUUAUAGAUUACAGUGAUCAUAAAGUAGUCUACAGAAGAUAUGCAAGUUUGUAUUUCAUAUGCGGUAUAAGUAGUGAUAUUGACAACGAGCUUUUAACCCUAGAAAUUAUUCAUAGAUAUGUUGAAACAAUGGACACCUAUUUUGGUAACGUUUGUGAAUUAGAUAUCAUUUUCAAUUUUUCCAAAGCAUAUGAUAUCUUGAAUGAGAUGAUAAUGUGUGAUGGGUCAAUAGCUGAAACGAGUAAAAAAGACAUUCUUACCAACGUUAGUAUGAUGGAUUCAAUUGAAAAUAAUGAUAAUUUAGAUAGAGUUCUAAGUUGA